AUGCCAUCGGCUGAGACCGGCACAGAGUGCCCAGUGCCCAGUCGAACGGUGAGGAAAAGGGCCGGAAAACCGGCGGUCUUUACCAGCCGGCUGGCUCUGCGAAUCCGCCCCGAGAAGGAGGCGUUCGACUCUCUGCUGGUCUCCGCUGAAAGUCGUUGUGUUCCAGCCCGCCCUCUUCAUCUCUGGGCACAGCUGGCUCGAAAAAAGGAACGCCGCGCGCAAAUGUUCCAGGCCGUUUUUGGGGACGAAAUGGCCGGGUGA